GAAAUCUGAUCCUGCACUUGGCCCUUUAAAGGAAUAAGGGAUGCAUUUAGUGACUGGAGAAUCGGGAUCCACGGCACGGUGACACAGUCCCCUGAACUUUCUCAGUCUCUCUACGUGCAUGAGAGACACGGACAACCGGGGUUAUACCGGACGAUACUACAGCAUGAAACGUUGAAAGAAGAAGCAUAAGUAGGCUAGGAAUUACAGUCAGAGAGUGAGUGUUAAUUGCAGCGUGAUGUGAUUUACCAGGGCGAGUUUACUAGGCUACGUGAAGCAAGAGAGAGCGAGAGGGAGCGGACUGACUGCAGGACUACAAAGUCACAAGGUCCGGGUCAGUCGGUCGGCUACCAGUCUGCGAGUUCUGUCGGUCAGCGGUCAAGAUGGCGGACGUCUUGGAGAGCGGCGGGGCGGGAGCAGGCUCUGUAGGAGGAGCCGGCAGCGUGGAUUGGCAGAAGCAUUGCGUUGCCUUGGAGAUGCAGCUGCUCAGGUUCCGUCUGCAGGCGGGGAAGAUCCGAGAGCUGCUGGCUGAGAAGAUGCAAGAGCUGGAGCAGAGGGUUACAGAGUCUGACCAACGGGCUGAGAGCGCCGAGAAACGGGUCCAUGUCAUGGAAGAGAAGCUGAAAUCUGCAAACAUGCUACAACCCAGCGAAUCAGAGAACUCGUUGUACAGAAGGUACCAGGAGCUGACCAAUCAGGUGCAGGAGAAAGAUGCUGUGAUAAAGAGAUUAGAGGUGCAGCUGGAAAAACAGAUCUUAGUCAGAGCCCAGGAGGCUAAGAUCAUUGAGGAGAAGGCUGCUAAAAUCAAAGACUGGGUUACAUUCAAGCUACGAGAGAUGGAGAUUGAGAACCAGCAACUGAAGGUGUCAAACCUGAAGCAGGCAGAACAGAUCAUGAUGCUCCAGGACAAACUCCAAGCUAUCUUGGAGAACCCUUCAUCUCCUGGACCACCCACCUCUCCUUCCACAGACACCCACCAGGUACCCUGCAGCCCCUUAUACCCCCCAAGAUGUCCAGGGACCCCGCCAGUCCAGGAGGAGACAAGCUGGGGAAAACAGACAGGCAUAGGGGACAGGUCAGAGCAGCCCUGUAAACGGAGCGGUGACCGAGGGGACAGAGACACAACAGGCCACGGCACAGUGACAGUAACCCUGUCAAACACUCCCUGUUUGGGCAGCAGGGGCAGGGAGACUAGGGCUGGACCUGGUAGUCCUGUUCCAACCACUCGAGGUCAAGACCAACCACUAGGUGGUGCUACUCCCAGAGACCACUCCUCGGACGAGCUCAGCAGCAAGUUCCGCUCCCAAAGUCUCCGCUCCUCCUCCUCUUCCUCCUCCUCCUCUUCCUCCACCUAUGAAACAACCCACGGGGGUCCCGGUAUCCCUGACACCCCUACCCCCACCUCCACCCCUAAAAGCCCUCUCCUCUGCCGUUCUCCGUCUAACUCCCACCCCUUCCAGACCACCUCCCAGACCCUGGCUCUACCCUCCCAUACUGGGACCAGCAUGACCUUACCCAAGUUGCGGACGCCCCUGACCCCCCGCGAUAGCGUCCAGCUGGUGAAGAAACACUACAGCCAGCCCCAGCCUGGAGGUCUGGACCGGCUGCACCACAUCAAUGUCCCCACAAACAUGAUGGCCUCCAGCACCCAGAGCCCUGUGUCCCCUUCCAACUGCAAUCAUGUCCUGGAAGAGACAGAUAUAGAUGACGGGCUGCCUGACGGUAUGGAGGGGGUGGUGGAGGGGGCCGGGGACAAAGGUCCUCCCGAGGAACAAGUGUUUGUUAGGUUGGCUGAGGAUCUGGAACUGCUGGACCCAGAUGUCCUGAAACCCCCCACCCCUCCUCUCCACCGGUUCCCUUCCUGGGAGAGCCGUAUCUAUGCUGUGGCCAAGUCGGGGAUGAGAGUAUCAGAGGCGACUGCAGGAGCCAGAGGUCCUGGACGAGGAUCCAGCUUACCGCAGUACCCCUCCACAGGACCGUUCACUCACCUGAUUUACAAGAAUAUCAGUGUGCCCGUGUAUACCACACUCAAAGGGAAAGCCACUCAGAUCAGCAGUGUGCCCCUGCAUGAUGAUGACUCUGGUUCGGAGGACGACAGUGGCUCUCUGGCCAGCCUCAGGACCUCCACCCUUGGCCCAGACAGGAAGGGAAGCACCCCUGGGAGCCCCCGCGCCGUCAAGAGGGGUGUGUCCAUGUCGUCCAUCAGCUCUGAGAGUGACUACGCCAUCCCACCUGAUGCCUACUCCCUGGACUCUGACUACUCUGAGCCGGAGCACAAAGUCCAGAGAACAUCCUCAUACUCCUGUGAGAGCCUGCGAGAGCCCGAGAUGCUGGAGAAGUCAGGGUACCUGCUGAAGAUGGGCAGUCAGGUGAAGGCUUGGAAAAGACGCUGGUUCAUCCUGAGGAACGGAGAGAUACUCUACUACAAGUCUCCUAGCGACGUUAUACGGAAGCCUCAGGGUCAGAUGGAGCUGAACUCUUCCUGCAGGAUCGUCCGUGGAGAAGGAGCACAGACAUUCCAGUUGAUAACGGAGAAGAAGACGUUCUACCUGACGGCUGACUCUCCCAACAUCUUAGAGGAGUGGAUCAGAGUUCUACAGAACAUUCUCAAGGUCCAGGCCAGCAGCCCCGUCCCAAUGGAGACCACUGCAGCCAAACCUACUGUGAAGGGCUGGCUCACUAAGGUGAAGCAUGGUCACUCUAAGCUGAUGUGGUGUUCUCUGGUCAGCAAGGUGUUUUAUUACUACAGGAACCAGGAUGACAAGCUCCCCCUAGGCCAGCUGCGGAUUCGUGAGGCGGCGGUGGAGGAGGUGGACAGGUCAUGUGACUCGGAUGAGGACUACGAGGCCAGUGGGCGUGGCUUCUUGUCGUCCCACUGUACCCUAGUGGUGCACCCCAGAGAGCAGAGCCCCACCUACCUGCUCAUAGGCACCAAGCAAGAGAAGGACACCUGGCUGUAUCAUUUGGCGGUGGCAGCGGGCAGCAGUGCCAGCUUCAAGGUGGGCACAGAGUACGAGCAGCUAGUCGGGAACCUACUGGACGUAGAGGGUGACCCAGACUCUGCGUUGUGGAGGAGUGAGUCUCUAUGUUUCUGUAAAGACGGCCUGCGCUCCCCUCUCACCACUCUACCCUCUGAAGCUCUGCAGACUGAAGCCCUCAAACUCUUCAAGUCCUGUCAGCUAUUCAUCAACGUGCUGGUAGAGUCUCCCUCCAUCGACUACCACACAUCCCUUGCCCAGAAUGCAUUGCAGGUGUGCCUGACGCACUCCGAGCUCCAGAACGAGAUGUACUGUCAGCUGAUCAAGCAGACCAACCGACGCACGCCACACAACUACUCCCUCACUCAGUGCUGGCAGCUGUUGUCUGUGUGUGUGGCUCUCUUUCUGCCUCAGCAACACUUCCUGUGGUACCUCAGACAAUAUCUGCAGCGUCAUGCAGACCCCAGGAGUGAGGUGGGGAAGUAUGCAGUGUACUGUCAGAGGUCUGUGGAGCGUACCCUACAGAACGGGGAGCGAGAGGCCAAACCGUCACGUAUGGAGAUCCUGUCCAUCCUACUCAGGAAUCCCUACCACCACUCACUACCCUUCAGCAUCCCUGUCCACUUUAUGAACAACACCUACCAGGUUGUAGGCUUCGAUGGCUCCACUACGGUAGACGAGUUCCUGAGCACCCUGACCCAGAGGGUGGGCAUGAGGAAACCACACCUGUCUGGCUUCGCCCUCUUCACUGACGACCCCUCAGGGAAAGACCUGGAGCACUGCCUACAGCCCAGCGUCAAGAUCUGUGAUGUCAUCUCCAAGUGGGAACAGGCCCUGAAAGAGCUGCAUCCUGGGAAAUAUGAGGGGACACGCAUCGUCCGUCUGACAUACAAGAGCAGGUUGUGUUUCCGGGCCCAGGCUAAAGGGGAAAUGGACCGUGAGCGCCUCCUGCUGGCCUACCAGGUGAAUGAAGAGGUCCACCAGGGACACUUCCCCGUCAACAAGGAGUUGGCUCUGGAAGUGGCUGCUCUCAUGGCUCAGGUAGAGCAUGGUGACCUGGACCGUCCGGCCCCCUUCUCCCCCAGCAGUAGCUCCUCUCCUCAGCCUAAAGCCCAACAGAACUCCCCUAGCUGCAACUCUCCCAAAACCCAACAGAUCCUCGUACAGGCCCUGGAGCGCUUCUACCCCAAACGCUACAAACAGGACUGCAGCAUGGACCAAUUCAGAGACCUAUCAGAGUGCCUGGCCACUAAGUGGUCAGUCCUGCGUGGCUGCAGUGCCUCAGAGUGUGUCAGAAUCUACUUGACCGUCGCUAGGAAGUGGCCGUUGUUCGGUGCCAAGCUCUUCAGUGCUAAGCCUAUACCUCCCUCGUCUGUGGAGCAGUCCCAGGUUUGGCUAGCCGUCAAUGAGGAUGGACUGUGUGUGCUUGACUAUACCAUGCACCUUCUGGUCAUGUACUCCUACCAAUCAGUGAUCACGUUUGGCGGUUGCCGUGACGACCUGAUGGUGGUAGUGAGCCAGACCAAAGAGCAGGGUGGAGGGAAGAAGAGUGUGGAGAAACUGGUCUUCGCUAUGGCUAAACCCAAGAUCCUGGAGUUGACUCUGUUAAUGGCCAGCUAUAUUAACUACUGGACACCCAUCCUCCCUGGGGCCCAGAACCAGCCCACAGGACCAUGCUCCCCUCUGGGGCCCUGUGAAGCUGGGGCUGAGGCCAGGAAGAUGUGGGACGUGGAUAGCAGACACUUUCCCUCCAUGACCUACACAACCAAAGGACCCACUCUACUGUGAAUACAGAAACAACAAUCAACCCCCUGUUCCAGUGCAUCUCUGGGAAAACAUGGUAAUGUUCCUUAGCCAAUGAAUGGAAGAAAACUGACUGAAACAAGGAGGAUCUAUACCUGGAUGUGUCAAAUAAGAAAUGCUCAUUUUAGUUUUCCAUUUCAAACGAUUUUGCGACAGUGUACCCUACUGAACAUGAUCCAGGACUGAGAAACUACAGGGUAUUGUGGGAGUUGUGGUACAGACGAUAUUUAGCUCCACAUACAUUACGUUACACCUGAAAAUGGCCAUUGUUUUAUUUUGCCCUCAUUCCCUUUGGCCAGGAGUGGAUUCUGUUGCAUAUACACGUGACAUUUAUUUUUAACCAUGAUGAAUGGGAGAUGCUCGUUUGUGGAAGGGGACCAUAGGUAAAAGGGGUAACAGUUGGUCGGAAGAAGUGGGAGAGGAUAUCGUUUGUGGUUCAUAUGAAGAUGUCGCUCUUCGAAUGUCUGUGUUUUAGUCUUUAGAUUGUUGUGUUUAUUCCUGUAACAAGAGUGUUCACCUCUGCUUAAUUUACAAAAAAUAUGCUCACGUUUGCGGACUAUUUGAAAAACAAUUGAGCCUUGAAAAAUGAGAUUUACAGUGUGGGAUCAGUAUAAAGGACCAACACACACAACUUGUUGACGUUGGUAGUCUGGCCAUUAGCUAUACAAUGAGAAAUAAUAAGCUUCUCCCUCCUCAUUUUAAACCUCAACUCUCCCACACCCACACCCUUGUCUGUUCCAGACAGUGUAUGCCAAAUGGCACCCUAUUCCCUUUCUAGUCCACUACAUGCAACGCAUACACUGUCUUUUGUUAAAGGGGAAAAAAGCUGUUUUUAAAAAAAGAGGAAAAUACUGUUGAUUUCUUCUGGCUCUUUGGUACCUAAUAUGGAUUGGACUAACGUUAUUUAACAUUAAACCAGUACAAAAUAAUUAUAAUAUUCAAGAAAUCAAAUUGUACUUGAUUUUUUUCAUCAAAGAAUUGAACAAAAUGUCUGACUUUUAUAGAAAACACCAGGCCUGAGGAGGAACCAUCAAAGCUCUAUAACGUAUAAUACAAUUGAUGAUUGUACCAUUCUGACCAAGCAAUGUUUUUAUAACCAUUUUGACCACAUAAUGGUUAUCAAUAUUUUUUUUAAAGAUUAUAGUGUAGAAUAGAAAUAGAGAUGGAAUACAAUGUGUGAUGUGUCUGUCAGAUGUAUGAACUCAUUGGGUGGCAUGUUCCUACUGAAGAAUCAGCAGCUGUUCUUCCUGGGGGCCACACAAAACGUAGAACGUGACAUAAUACAGAACACUAAUGGACAGGAACAGCAACACCAAAAUUGAAAGGAACAACGCUACGACAAUACAAUGGAAGGUCAUGAGAACACAGCCAGGUGGGACAGAUUACAUGGAGAGGUCCAGACACAUACGACUGGUACGAUUACAGAUAUUCAAAUGUUAUUUAGUGACUUGAAUUGUUUUGGAUCAAACCACUUGUUUUUUGUAUUUAUUUCAUUUUCGGCAUUUUGUGGCUUUUUUUUAUUUUUUUAAUGCUGUAAAUUAUGUUUGGCAGAACGGUUAGGUUUUCAACUGAAACAUACAUUCAAAACUGACAAUGACUUUGUUUGUCUAAAGUAUCUGAAUAGUUUAACUUGACAGUUUUACACUGUAUGAAUGCAGUAUGAUUUGCGAAUUAGGGAUGUUAAGUCAAUGAAACAGAUUUAUAUACGAUGUGCUUAGCUGUUAUUGAGAUCCUGUGUUUAAAGUCAAAUAAACCGUACGAUCUACACAACUGUUUUGUGUGAUACAUUUUCAAUUCCACUUUCAAGGGACAUUGAGCCCCAUUAAUUAUUUCUCAAUGUGGAAAUAAUCCUACAUUUAUACCCUAAUUGGAAAAUAUGCUGACGUUGAAAGUGCUUAUAUCCAGUGUGAUGUAAUUGCUUUGACCUAGGAAACAUUUAGAAAGACUUCAAACAUACUGGCGAAUACAAUACGCUUGUUCUUAUCUUGUUUUUUAAAGUUUUUUUUUACACCCAAACUAUCCACAUACAUUGGCAAAUGUGCCAGUGUGAUGUACAGUAGGCUAUGCAUUGUGCAUAUGUUGACGUAGGUGGGGUUUGGUAGCUAGGGUGGUAGUUGCUCUGAUUUGCUUCAUCCAAACAGGUCAACGUGGUAAUGAUGUUUUGCUGCCAACAGCAUUGCUAUAAAUCUUUCUCUUUUUCUUGAAUGAUUUCUCAAAACCUCCUGUUUUUGUAGUUACUCUAAUAUGACCAAAAAUUAUCAUUUGGACACUGCCAACUUAGGAAAAAGACAAUUCUUUGUCAUUGUUUUUGCUCUCUGUUGAAGAGGAUAGCUUGUAGGUUUGGCCAUUCCGUAACGUUGCUUUUGUGUUUGUCUCUAUUUGAGCCUUUAUGAUUUUAAAUAGCAGUGUUUUGCUUUAGGCCCUAUGGGGGAAAUUCAGACCAAAGUUGCGCAUGUAUAAAUGGAACUGGUCCCCCUUUUCUGCACUUUUCUCCCUAUGCGUUUCUGACCUUGAACCUAUGCAUGGGGGUAAAUGUCAACAAGGCAAAGAGACAUGCCAAAUGUUUUAAUCAUAUGCCCAAACGGUUUCCUUAAAUGUCUAGGCUAUAGGCUAUGUUAAAUAUUAUUAGCCGCUAUCAGUAGCGGCCUUUUGUAAUAACCAUUUAUAUAUAACUUUUCAUUUAGUUUUUGUUCCCUUCCCUGCAUUAGUAUCAUUCCAUUACAUUGUUUGAUUCAGCCAACCUUUAUUUCUUUCCUCUGUAAAACGCUGUCACAUCCUUGUGGUUUUGGCUGAGGGUCAAGUAAUAGUGGAUACUAGGCCAAAUACAAAUUAUAGUAAAAAAACGAAUGUGGACAUGUAGGUUUAAUAAAUCAUUAUGGAGCUCAUUAUGGAGCUCAUUAUGGCGCUCAAACCUGAACUUGACGCAUGGUACAAGACUUGGCAUUUGCCAUCACACAGUUCCAUGAUCAGUGCAGGCAAUUAGGGUAUAUUUAUUAUAUCGUACCAUUGCAUGCUAUUCUCCAUAGUAUAAAUAUAGUGUAGGCUACAUUACUUCCAAUGUUACCAUUGAUGAACUGAAUGUGGCAACUUUCAGAAUGAAUCAAACCAACUUUUGGGGGUUUGUGCGUAAAAGCUCUAUUUUUUUCCAGUAGGAUCUGUGAUUUUUCCCUAAACAUAAAUGAUGUGUAAUAAUGUGUACAUAUGUUUUCAUGGCUAUCUUUCUGUGUUCUGAGCGCAUUCUCCAUAGUCUACAUUUUAGUCUUGUGCCAAUCAAAUUCUAAUUAAAGGUACACCAUAUUUAGAGGAAUUACUUGGAAGAAAUUAACAGAAAAACUAAUUAAACAAAAAACAACUGAUUAAAUUGGUGGGCUACCCAGUGGGUGUGUUUUCUGGGGUUUAAUUAAAUGUAUUCAGAGAAGGUUUUCCCAUCUCCACAGAGGAACUCUGGAGCUCUGUCAGAGUGACCAUUGGAUUCUUGGUCACCUCCCUGACCAAGGCCCUUCUCCCUCAAUUGCUCAGUUUGGCUGGGAAGCCAGCUCUAGGAAAAGUCUUAGUGGUUCCAAACUUCUUCCAUUUAAGAAUGAUGGAGGCCACUGUCUUCUUGGGGACCUUCAAUGCUGCAGAAAUGUUUUGGUACCUGUUACAGGAAUUAAAUUCCUUUUAUGUUUUAUUUAACCAAUUCAAUUAAAAACUCUGCCCACUCCUAAGAAUUUGUAAGACCCCUAUUUGCAUAAAAUGGACAGCGACCAGUCUCAAAAUCAAUCAGUCGCAUUUAUUCUCGAGAGUACUGAACACGAUACAAUUUACCACAGGUUAUAAACUGAAAAUUACGUCAUUAGUUUUCGAACUGUCCCAUCUCUUCUCCACUCUGGUACAAUGGCAGUAUAGUUCUCAGGCCUUCCUACAUCGACUCCCACCAGUAUAGAUAAUUUAUGACUGAGCCAAGGUCUUCCUGUGUAGAUAAGCAUUCUAGCCAGUUCAUUCGUUUCUACCAAGGAACAGACAGUCAUUGUUCUAAUUCUUGAUUAUAAUUACACACAUUAUAUUCAGUACUAGGAUUAAAAUAAAAUUCAUACAUCUACACAGUAACAUAAUAGUAUUCUGAUUAGUCAGUCCUGAUUGAAAUGUAUACAUAAUUAGUCAUUAUUGAUAAAAAAUCCCUUAACAGUACCCUUCCCCAGAUCUGUGCCUCAACACAAUCCUGUCUCUGAGCUCUACGGACAAUUUCUUUGACCUCAUGGCUUGGUUUUUGCUCUGACAUGAAACUGUCAACUGUGGGACCUUAUAUAGACAGGUGUGUGUCUUUCCAAAUCAUGUCCAAUCAUUGAAUUUACCACAGGUUGAAUCCAAUCAUGUUUGGAAACAGGAUGCAGCCCAAGUCUCAUAGGUCUGAAUACUUAUGUAAAAAAUGUAUUUCUGCUUUUAUUUUUUAAUAAAUUAGCAAUAAUUCUAAAAAACUGUUUUCACUUUGUCAUUAUAGGGUACGGUGUGUAGAAUUAUAAGGGAAAACAAUAAUUUAAUCAAUUUUAGAAUAAGGCUGUAACGUGGAAAAAGUUAAGGGGUCUGAAUCAUUUCCGAAUGCACUACACAUGUGUAUUUAAUACACAGCCCAAAACAAAUACUUUUAUUUGAAUAUUUAAAUGGUUAUGAAAAUCAAAUGUAUUAUUAUUUAUUUAUUUCACCUUUACUUAACCAGGUAGGUGUCACGCCCUGGCCUUAGUUAUCUUUGUUUUCUUUAUUAUUUUGCGGACUAAGACUAUGGUGAAGUGGGGUCCACGUCCCGCGCCAGAGCCGCCACCAUGGACAGACGCUCACCCAGACCCUCCCC